AUGAGUGUCGACAACCAGGAAAAACAAGUAUCUAGCAGCAUAAAUAUUGGUGCGGAUAUUGGAUCUUUUGUGGAUUGUACCAACAGUGAAGUUGGUGGAAUUCCCCUAUCUGAAGAGCUUCGAUGUGCAAUUUCUAAUAUAGAGGACCUGGACGACGUAGAUAGCCUCGUAGGUAACAUGAUGAACUAUGUACAAGUUGACACUUCUCAUGACGAAGACCUAGAAUCUGUGGUAGAGCAGACAGGUAUUUUGUCGAAUGCCUCCAGCAUUGAUAAUCAUCACACGUCUGACCAAAACAAAGAAAUUGAAAAUUCUUCACAAGGAAAUAGAACCAGAAUUUUCAGUACAAUCAAAGAAGAAGAAAAUUGGAGGAAAGAUCGAAAAAAGAAGGACAAUCAUAAUAUAAUUGAAAGACGGCGCCGUUAUAAUAUCAAUGACAGAAUUAAGGAAUUGGCCACUCUACUUCCAUCAAGCGUGCCUCAUGAUCUAAAGCAGAACAAAGGAUCCAUUUUGAAAGCAUCAGUAGAAUAUAUGAAGGAACUUAUGAAAGACAAACAGGCUUUAGAAAAGUUGGAGGAAAACCAAAAGGCCAUGGAUUUAAAAUAUCAAAAGCUGCUCGUCAGAAUUUUCCAACUGGAAUUAAAGUUGAAAUUAUAUGGCCUAUCGGAGGAUUUGGAGCAUUCCAGGAUCAAAAAGAAAAAGAAGCCACAGAAGCGUAUAUCCGAAAUAAAUGCUAUGGUAGAUGAUCUUGUCAAACAAGGCAUGCCAGAAGUGCUCGAGCAAACGCCAAACAUUUCAACACCUCCUUGCAAGAAAACCAAAAACGAUAUUUGGCUGAGCAAUGACGAACAAAAGCUCCUUCCAUCAGUAAAGAUAGGUUUACGCCAACAUCUCAACAAGAAAAUGUCUGAAGGAGGACAUGGCUGUCAACAAAAUAAUGACAGUAUGUUUUACGUUGAAUCGACUAAUCAUGUUCAGCAUUCAAAGAAGCAGAAAAAAGAACAAAUCUCCACUCCAUCUCAUUCAAUUGACAGAAGCACAGGAGGAGCAAAUGAAUAUCAUGACUCCAUUUCAUUUGAGUAUACACUACAGAAGAACAAUGUCGUCAAUUCAGGUAGAAACGAAGAGGAGGAAAUCUUGGAAUUGUCAACGGAACAAUGCAGCAUUUUGCUUGAUCUGUUUGAAAACAACCCGAGCGGAAAAGAACCUGAACUAGAUGCAAAUUGUUUGCCUAAUCCAGACAAUGCUUCUGCUAGGGAAGAGUGUCUGUCGCCCUUAACUUCAACCUGCAACAUGUUGGAAAGUUUGCUGAGAAAGCAAGAUAUGAAACCAGAAUGUAGCUCAAAAUCGAGUGGCCUGGAGGAUUCUACUGAGAGCAUGACGGGGUUACGUUAG